CUAGAAAGGUUGAGGUGUGCAGAGAAUGGGUCUCGGCAACAUGAGCAGCUGCCUGCCUCUUCUGGUUAUCUUGUGCUGUGGUAUGUUCCGAGACAUUCUGUCCCAAAAUCACAGCUGUCAACCGGGUUAUCAAUUUGACCCAUCACUAAACGACUGUUCUGAUAUCAAUGAAUGUGAAACGACUUCAUGUGGACCUCGCAAAAAGUGUUGGAACACAGUUGGUUCUUACAAGUGUCAAUGCAAGGAUGGGUACAAUACAAUCAAUCAGGGCUGUGAAGAUAUCGACGAAUGUAAUUCCUCUCCGUGUGCCCAGGAAGCAACUUGUCAGAACACAGAUGGUUCAUUCCAGUGCAUCUGCAGCACCGGUUUUCAGUCGACUGAGAAGGCUGGCUCCAAUGGAAGGAGGAGCUGUGAAGAUAUCGAUGAAUGCAAGUCCUCACCUUGUCACGAACAUGCAACUUGUAUCAACGUAGUGGGAUCCUACCAGUGCAACUGCAACACAGGGUUUCAGGCAUUACCUGCGACCGCCAACCUCACGGCAGGGAAAGUUUGUGAAGAUGUGGAUGAAUGCCAGGAUAAAAAUGCAUGCGGAGUGAACAUGACCUGUCGUAACUCCUUUGGGUCUUUUUACUGCGUCUGUAAAGCAGGAUAUCGCCAGAAGCAGGGCGACACUCAGCUGGUCUGUACAGAUAUCGAUGAAUGCAAGUCCUCACCUUGUCACGAACAUGCAACUUGUAUCAAUGUAGUGGGAUCCUACCAAUGCAAAUGCAACACAGGGUUUCAGGCAUUACCUGCGACCGCCAACCUCAUGGCAGGGAAAGUUUGUGAAGAUGUGGAUGAAUGCCAGGAUGAAAAUGCGUGCAGAGUGAACACGACCUGUCGUAACUCCUUUGGGUCUUUCUUCUGCGUCUGCAAAGCUGGAUAUCACCAGAAGCAGGGAGACACUCAGCUGGCCUGUACAGUGGAUCCACUUUCCUGUCCUGUCUCUGAGAAGCAGAACUCUACGCAGUCACAGUGCAACUUGGAUUAUUCAGCAAACGCCCAGCAGAUUGCCCAGUUAAACUCUGCAGAAGAUGUGCUGAAGUUAGCUGAUUGCUACCGUGAUAAAAUCUGUCAGAAUUUCAGUGGGACAAACGAUACCAAGGAUAUAACAACAUUUGUAAACAGUGUUCUUAAUACUUCCCGGCUGGUGAGCAUGAAGACCACUCAAAGGCUGGAGGUGGCAACGACCACAGUGGACCUCUUGGAGAACAUGGCAAUGGCGAUUGCUCUGAAACUACCCAGUUCAAAGGCAGAGACCAUAGAAACAGACUCUUUCGUUCUUAAGGUCAAGGUGCCUGAAAGGAACAAUGCGAGUGGAGACCAACUGGUGAAAUUGGACAUUCAGAAUAAUUCCUUUGAGAUUUACUGGAGAACCAUUGCUGGAGAAAAUAACACUGAGUUUCAGGCCUUUUCCUUAAUUGUAUUCAAAGACUUGGAAUCUCUGCUGAACCAAGAGAUUAAAGGCGGCCGUCCAUCUCAGAACAAUGUGUCAUUAAACUCCAAGGUGAUAGCCGCCACCAUCAGCAACAAGGAUAUCAGCUCUAAUCUGAAGGAAAAGUUCAAUUUGACUCUGAAGCUGAACCAGGAAAAGGAAGAUGGCGAAGAGCCAGAAUGUGUCUAUUGGAGUAAUACCAAAGAGAGAAGUGUCUGGUUAUCUGAUGGUUGUGAACGGAUCCAUUCCAAUCAGACCCAUGUAAUCUGCCAGUGUAACCAUCUGACAAGCUUUGCUGUUUUAAUGGCUCCAGUUCAGACUGAGAUUGAUGACUGGCACUUGGAGGUGAUCACCUACAUCGGCCUCAUCAUCUCCCUGCUCUGCCUCGCUGCCUCCAUCGCCGUAUUUGUCAACUGCAAAUCCAUCCAGAAUGCUAACACCAAUCUCCACAAGCACCUGAGUAUCACCCUCUUCCUGGCACAGUUCAUUUUUCUGAUCGGAAUGUGGAUUAAACAGCCGGUUGCGUGCGCCCUGAUUGCUGGGUGUCUGCAUUACCUCUUCCUUGCUGUCUUCGUCUGGAUGUUCCUGGACAGUUUGCAGCUUUUCAUCAUGUCCAGACACCUGACAGUCACCAAUUACACUCGCACACAUAUCAUCAAACCAAGAUACCUGUACGUUUCUGCUUAUGCUGUUCCUGCUGUGAUCGUCAUUAUCUCAGCGGCAGUAAACCCUGGAGGCUAUGGAACAGAGACCGACUGUUGGCUGAAGCACGAGUCGGGGUUUAACUGGAGUUUCCAGGGCCCGGUCUGUUUCGUGAUUCUGGUCAAUACAGUCCUUUUAUUUUUGACUCUCUACUUACUGAGACGCCAUUUCAAUUCACGCGACAAGGAGGUGUCGAAGCUUAAGGAAACCAAAACCCUAACCAUUAAAGCUGCAGCACGAAUGUUUGUUUUGGGAUCCACGUGGAUCUUCGGAAUAUUUCAAGUUGAUCAGAGCACUGCAGUGUUCUCCCACUUAUUCACAGUCAUCAACAGUCUCCAGGGUCUGUUCGUUUUCCUUAUUUACUGCGUUUUCAAUCGCCGGGUGGUUGAUGAAUUACGGAAAUGGUUGACCAGUAAACGGAAGAGCAUCACCACAGAGUCCUCACAGAUGCAGAUGAACAUGUCUGAGACUUAUAAAGUAAUGCAAUCAGAGGCAUUCAAGACCCAAUGACAGGAUCCUUCUCAGUGGAGUUUCUCUCUUUCAUUCUCUUUCGCUCUCGCACUGCGUCUGGCUCCCAAGAAUGGAAAGCAACAUUGCGGGAGUGGUCACACCAGCAGAAUUAUUUGGCUUGUACUGAGCUUCUAAAAAGGCAGAAUCUAACUGGAGUUCUAGAAGUGUGUGUGUAUGAAAAUGAGUCUGUAUAGGAAUAUGUAUGAGAUUUGGUGUUAUUAUCAGUGUGAUUAUAAAAAAUAAU